AUUGAACAGAGAAAAAAGCAAAACCAAUGGAAAAGGGGGAAGCCAAAAGCCACUAGACAAAAAAAGCGAAACAAGGCAAGUUUUCCAUACACAAUGCCUCAAAAACACCACUGUAACAAAAAUCUUAUCUCCUCCUCCAAUGGGUGCUCCGUUGAGGAUCUCAGCAGCUCGCUCUCCCUCCUAUUUCCUCCCUUUUCUCAUCGGUUUACUUUCUCUCACCGCUCUUUUCCUCUACCAGGUAGAUAGUUUCGUAUCGCGCGUUAAAACGGUGGCAGGUCACAACUUAGACCCAACGCCUUGGCAUAUUUUCCCAACCAGAAAUUUCGAUGAAGAAACUCGUCAAGCUCGAGCUUAUAAAAUCAUCCAAUGUUCAUAUUUUACUUGCCCAUAUACCAACACCACCACCACCGCCACUCCCUCCCGCCCACGUCAUUCCAAGUCGUCCUCUCAACAAUGCCCUGAGUUCUUCAGCUUUAUCCAUCACGAUCUGGAGCCCUGGUCCCGUACAGGGAUAACGAAGAAACAUGUAAUGGAGGCCAAAAAUUUUGCAGCUUUCAGGGUUGUGAUUUUCAAGGGAAGAUUGUAUUUGGAUCUUUAUUAUGCCUGUGUGCAGAGCCGGAUGAUGUUUACAAUAUGGGGAUUGUUGCAGUUACUAGAAAGGUAUCCUGGGAUGGUUCCUGAUGUUGAUCUCAUGUUUGAUUGCAUGGACAGGCCUAAUAUUAACAAGACCGAACACAGCUCCAUGCCUCUGCCUCUAUUUCGAUAUUGCACGACUCAGGAUCACUUUGAUAUUCCUUUUCCUGAUUGGUCCUUCUGGGGAUGGCCAGAGAUAAAUAUAAGACCCUGGAAUGAGGAGUUCCGAGAUAUUAAACAAGUUUCCAAAUCUCAAAGUUGGUCAAGGAAAUGGCCCCGUGCUUAUUGGAAAGGAAAUCCAGAUGUUCUGUCUCCUAUUCGUACAGAGUUAUUGCAAUGCAACCACUCUAGGAAGUGGGGGGCACACAUUUUGCGACAGGAUUGGGGAGAAGAAGCAAAAGCUGGUUUUGAGGGCUCCAAACUAUCAGAUCAGUGCAAGUACAGGUACAAAAUCUAUGCUGAAGGCUUUGCAUGGUCUGUGAGCUUGAAAUAUAUUAUAUCUUGCGGUUCCCUUGCACUAAUAAUAUCCCCACAAUAUGAAGAUUUCUUUAGUCGUGGACUUCUCCCUAAAAAGAACUAUUGGCCUGUCGCUCCCGACGAGUUAUGCCAGUCUAUAAAGUUUGCUGUCGACUGGGGCAAUGUAAACCCAUCUGAGGCUCAAGCAAUUGGAAAAAAUGGACAAGAUUUUAUGGAAACCUUAAGUAUGGAUCGAGUGUAUGAUUACAUGUUCCACCUCAUAACAGAGUACUCGAAGCUACAGGACUUCAAGCCUGUGCCAUCAUCUUCUGGUCUUGAAGUGUGUGUGGAUUCUGUUCUUUGCUUUGCUGACGAGAAGCAAAAGCAAUUCCUGGAAAGAUCAACUGCAUUUCCUUCGCCAAGCCCACCAUGCACCCUCCAACCCGCCAAUGGAAAUCUCAUUAAGAGCUGGUUACAACAGAAACAAAGAGUAAUUGAGGAUGUGAGAGCAAUGGAGAAACAGAAAGUGUGAAGAGAUGAUGCAGAUCGCCAAGUUUUUAAUUUUGAAAGUAAUAUAAUUUUGCAGGUUUAGAGUUGCGUGUAAUUUGUGCAUUAGAAAUUACCAUUUUACAGAUGAAAAGCAUAAGUUGAGGAGCAACAGUCAUUGUUAUACAUUGUCAAUAGUCAAUUCUUCAUCUCAAGGCUAUUAACUUGUAUACGUGCAGUAUCAAAGGCUCCUAUGUCAUCACCCAAAUACUUAGGGAUGUUGAAUUAAUUUUUUAAUUUCUCUUAUUUAUUUUACACGUGCUUUAACUUUGGUUGUCCUAGUCUUUAGCUUAUGCAAUAGCUGUCAUUUGAUUUUGUUAAGUAGUUAAGUAGUGGAAGGACUUAGUGGUGUCCAUCUUUUACGCUUUUAUUGUUACAAAAGCUCUAUUUAAAAGGAGCUCAGUUAAUGUAAUGUGUGUGUUUUUUGAAUUGAAUAAAGACAAUUUUUCUCCA